AUGGCGACCAUCUCCACCCCCGACGACGUCUCCGGCGCCGGCGCGGAGAAGGGUCUCGGCAGCGACAUUGAUCGCUCUGAAUCCAACAAUGGCACAAUGACAAUCGAGUCCCUCGAUCCCGCGGCCGAGAAGAAGCUUCUCUUAAAGCUCGACGCCUACUUUGUCCCCAUCAUCAUGGUAGUCUACCUAACCUGCUUCCUCGACCGCACAAACAUCGGCAACGUCCGCGUCGCCGGCAUGCCCGAGGACAUCGGCGCCACAACCCAAGAGUUCUCGACCGCAAUCUCCAUCUUUUACGCAACCUACGUCGUCUUCGAGCCCCCAUGGACAAUCAUGAUGAAGCGCAUCACCCCGCGCGUCCUUCUCACGGGCCUCUGCAUCAUCUGGUCCCUCUCCACCGUCUUCUCUGGCUUCAUCCACAGCAUCGGCGGGCUCUAUGCCGUCCGCCUCGUCCUCGGCAUGUGCGAGGCCGGCUUGUUCCCCGCGCUGAAUCUGUACCUCACCAUGGUGUAUAAGCGCGAUGAGCAGGCUAAGAGGGUAUCGUAUCUGUUUGUGUGCUCUGCUAUUGCGGGUGCGUUUGGUGGGUUGUUGGCGUAUGCGCUGUUGAAGAUGGAUGGGGUGGCUGGGUAUGCUGGCUGGCGAUGGGUUUUUAUUAUUGAGGGUGUUGUGAGCAUCCUGAUUGCCCCGAUUCUGUGGUUCGGUCUGCCGAAUGAUCCCUCGAAUGCCUACUUCCUCUCCGACGAAGAGAAGCGCAUGAUGAAAAUUCGUGCUGCGCAGCGCGCGCAGUAUAUGGGAAGUGAUGAGUUCAGCUGGGAGGAGAUCAAGAUUGAGCUUCGCGAUCCCAAGCUCUAUCUCAGUGGUGCCAUCCAAUUCUGUCAAGACAUCCUCCUCUACGGCUUCAGCACCUUCCUCCCCUCCAUCAUCGUCUCCAUGGGCCGCACGAGCAUCGAGGCCCAAUACCUCAGCAUCCCCGUCUUCCUCUUCGGCGCCAUCGCCUUCCUAGCGACAGCCUACGUCUCGGAUCGCAUCCUCGUUCGCGGACCUCUCAUCUUCCUGGCAAAUAUUCCCGGUAUCAUCGGCUACAUCCUCAUCAUCUGCCCGACGAGCAGCGGCGUCAAGUUCUUCGGUACCUUCCUGUGCGCCAUUGCCGUUUACAACGGCCCUGGUCUCAACCUGACGUGGCUCAACGUCAACGUCGCGCCGCAAUACCGGCGUGCUACUGCGAUUGGUAUGCAGCAGGCUAUUGGUAACUGCGCCGGUAUUGUUGCGGGCCAGAUUUAUCGCAAGGCGCCGUAUUUGUUGGGUAAUGCGUUCUCUGUUGGUGCGCUGGGUGUUGCGCAGCUUCUGGUUGUUGGAAAGUGGUUCUAUAUCCGCCACUGCAAUGAGAUGAAGAGGAAGAUUGAGAGCGGGGAGAUGGAGGAUAAGAGAAAGGUUAAGACUGGUGAUUGGGAACUGGAUUUCAAGUAUCACAUGUAG